UGGCAGUACUCAUAAAACCAUAACAGCACGGUAGUCGACUCAAAGCAGCAAAUGUCAACCCUUCCUUCGUGAAAAUGACCUCGCACCGCAGGUCGGAGAGUCACAAUCGCAAGACUAACACCAUCACAAGUCAUUUUAAAUUGACUAACCCCCCCGCAGCGUCACAGAAGGUAGGCGGCGCUUCGUCCAGUCUUCCGGGUCCCACACCAGUGUCUUCCUCUGCCAUUUCGCCUUUAUCAGAGCCUACUUCGUCAAAGCGAAAGGCUUCAACUUCGGCUCCUUCUUCGCCGACAACCCUUCGGCCAGCGCGAAAGCGUCCGGUCUUAGCGCGGUUUUUACCCCAUCUCAACUCAACAAAGCUUCUCACGCUUCGACCAGCGAAGGCGUUUGUGCCUCCAGCGGCCUGGCACUUGUUCCCCCUAACAUCUGACGGAGAACCGGACUUCGAUCUGGGCAGUGCCUCUGACAGAGGUGCCUCGGUGUCUUCUCAAAGUACUUACAGUCUGGCAUCUGGUAGCAGCAACGCUCGGGCCUCUGGAGCCCGAGCACAACGAGAUGCCGCGGAUGCAAGGCGAGUGCUGCGAACAAUAAAACAAGUCAAGGAGUGCACGUAUAAGGUCAAGAAGGGCGGGCCAGGCGGCAAAUACUUGGUUCAACGGACCCUUCACUAUUCUGGCUAUAAGCUAUUGCGGGGGGAAUUAAAGAAGCCAGAAAACCAGGAGCUCCUGAAAUACGUCGAUGGAGAUAAGUUCCGUUUCGACUAUACACGUCGCCCUUGCAAAGGCGACAAGCAGUUCGUGAUUCAUAUGCCUUCGACGUUUCACGAGGCUAUGGCUGGGAAAUUGAGCGACGUGAUUGUCAGAUGGCUUGGAAACAUAGCAAAUGGAACACUUUGCAAUGUUGAUAGCUCCAAAGAGAAAACCAUGAGGAUUGCAAGUGGGAUCAGUUCUACUCUCGCCACAAGGGUGAAAUGCAACGAGCCUCGCGACGACCAACUGGAACCCGACCUUUCUUUUACUAAUGAGGACUGCACAGAUGCUGAUUUGGUGGUCGAGGUGGCAUGGUCUCAGAGCAAUCUGAAGUUACCACACAGGGCCACGCGAUAUAUUGAAGGGAAACAGGGCGCGAUCCGAACGGUUAUCGGUCUAAAUAUGAAUGAUAUCUACCGCGGUGGGUGUCGCGCCACAUUUUCGGUCUGGAAAGCCCAGCACGAUGGCGGCGGGUGGAAGCGGACCACUGAAGUCGACAACAUGGAGUUUCUUGAUGAAAAUGGUCGACCUGUCGACCAUUGCAAGUUACUUGUCUCACUAAAGGACUUUAUAUGCGUAGAGCAGGCUGGUGAGUUCGAAGAUUUUGAGGAUGUAUCGCUCGAGAUUCCAUCAACGACACUCUAUGAUUUCUAUAAAUUUUCAUUCAGACGGCAUAUAAUGAGCGAAGCGAAGGAAGAGAUUGAAGAAGUAAAGAAGAAAGCGAAUGAUACCUUGGGAAAACUUUCCAGCAUUGAGAGAAUUAUGCUGGAGCAAAGAACAGGAAAUAAUCGCAGACGGACAGCGAUGAGAAACAAGAAAUUAUCCGACGUAAGGACUACAAUUUUGGAGGUAGAGAACGAGAUUGGUGAGAUGAAGACCAAGAUGGAGGAUGUAAAUGAAAAGAUGGGCAAGGUGGACGAUAGAAUGGAAAGAGUGGAGAAGCAGAGAGUUGAGGUAGAAAAUAGGGUAGCUGAACUAGAAACAAAGCUAGCUAACGCGAGGGCCGAGGAAGACAGGAUAGUUGAAGCAUCAGGGAAAUCAAAGAUAUCGAGGGUGCGUUCAGCGCUGGGACUAUAGUUUUAAGAAUUAGGGUACGUUUUUUCCCCUUCACGUAUCAUGGACCGAGCAUCAGAGAUUGUUUUUCGAACGCGCUCGUCUCCCCCCAAAAGCAAAUUAGGUUCAUACGUCGCUGGCGACACGUGAGACACUUGUCAAUGCAAGCCGCAAUCAAUUUUACUUUUUAUUAUCUUGCACAAGCUGAUCUAACUCGUCAAACGCCGAUGUGAUGUGCGUUGCUUCGCCAUCAAUACAUCCCAAAGCUUCUCCCAAAGCUUCAACCGUCUAAACUUAUAUUAUGCGGUUCUUAGAAAGGAGAAACAUAGAAAGCAAGGCAGGGGAACUUUUUAGAGAAAGUUAUCGCCUUUUGCAACAACCAAAUGGAUUGUCGCCGAGUCGAAAUCCUUCGCUACUUUGGAGAAUCGUUUCCCAGAGCGAAAUUUAAUGCCAGUUGCAACAACUGCGAGGCGAGUACCAUCUUGCAUACAAAUGUUGAAGUGUUGGUAUGGAAGCCUCCAGGGCUGGAGGUUCUGGCAUCCGAAACUGGAAUCCCCCAUACCAUGUUUGCCCC